AUGACGCAAUCUGCAGGAGCGGGAAGUAGUCACUGUCACAGCACGGAUUUCUAUAGGGGCAACAAGAAGUUCGCCUACCGUGAAAACCCUAUUGGUGGGCAGAUGUGUCUAGUUCGCGCUUGUUGUGCAAUUUGGAUUCAAUUAGAACAUAGGGUUGACGGGAAAACGGGGACUGCUCCUACUUGA